AUGGCUCGCUUCGGUUUCCUCUCGUUGGCUCUGCUCUCUCUCCAGGCCUUGAUCGGCACCAGCUUCGCAGCAGAGGCUGCCGAGAAUGCCGGAGAAGAAGUGGAAGCGCGAAAGCUGUCUGUCUCGGCGCAGGCGUCCUUCCCUGAUGCUGAGAUCUUCGGCGUGAAGCUCAUCAAUGGCCACCCGACUCGGGCGCUUAUCUCCGUCACCAAUGAGGAAUCCUCUCCUGUGACGCUGAACUUCAUCGGUGGUACUUUGUCGACUCCGGGCGAGGAGCAGAGCGCCAUCAUCCGCAACUUGACCACCACGCGAUACGGCGUCGAGAUUCCUGCUGGUCAGAAGGAGGAAUUGAGCUACAGCUUCGUGAAUGAAAUGCAUCCGCAGGACUUGAGGCUGAGCUUGUCUUCUAUUGUGUCUGACGCCGAGGGAAGUUUCUUCACCGUCUCCGCGUACAAUGGAACUGUCAGCGUUGUUGAGCCGGAAACCAGCAUCUUCGACCCUCACAUCCUCUUCCUUUACUUCGUCCUCCUGACCGGUUUCGCUGGUGUCGUCUACUUCUUUUACACCGUUUGGAUCGCGCCGUACUUCCCCCAGAAGCGCAAGUCUGGAAAGACCGACUUCUCCAAGAAGUCAUCUGGUGCAUCCAAGAAGGAAGAGGCCGCCCCCGUUGAGACCGCCGCUAGCCCCGUUGCCUCUGCCACCACUUACAACGCCGAUUGGAUCCCGGCUCACCACAUCAACCGCCCUGAGGCCCGGAAGGUGAAGGGUACCGCGCGUUCUAUUAAGACUCGUGUCUAA